AUGCGUAUCGACGCUCUGUCCGUUUUCGCCGCCUUGUCCCUGGGGGGCUUCCAGCUGGUGGCUGCGCAGCGAGCUAUUCAAGAUGAUGUGAAUCACGUGGAACGACCGCGCUACUACUUCCCUCAGAAUAUCAAGCGUACCGUCAAGAACGGCACCUCCAACACCGAUUCCCUAGCCUCGCUGGUUGACGACAUCACCGGAGUGACCCCGACGACAUCUUCCGCGGCCGCUGCCUCCACCGGGAAGGAAGUUGUUGUAGUGAUUUCCAUUGACGCAGAAGGGCACCGCCACACCAUUACCACUGAGACCCGUUCGCACGCGGCCUCGACUACCAAGGCGACUACAACCACCGCUGUGGACGACUCCAGCGCGACCACAUCCAGUGACUCUACAACUGCCGACGCGACCACAUCUAGUGACUCGACAGCUGCCGCUACCACUGCGGCCACUACCUCGCAGAGCUCCACCGCAGCCACUACCUCGGCCGCAGCGACAACCACCUCUUCGACUAACCUUUUGAGUGAAGCUGUGGAUGGCAUUUCGGACCUCUUGAGCGGCGGCACCACCACCGCCGCAUCCAAUGGAACAACUGCAUCUGCUACCUCUCCCGUGGCCAAGACGACUUCCGCUUCUACCUCCGCUUCCAGUACUGUUUCGGCCUCUGCUUCUGCUUCCACUACUGCUUCCGCCUCUGCUUCCUCAACCGACGACAUCCUUGGUUGGUUACUUGGAACCGACUCGACCACCGCUACUGCAACGCCCACCAGCAGCAACACUACUAGCCUAGCGACCAUCUCUGUUAGCGUUCCUUUGACCUCCAGCCCCACAGCAACCGGCGAUGCGCUCACGAGUCUCGUAAACAGCAUUUCGGCUGCUCUCAAUGGCACUGACACCACCACUGACACCACCGCUGGUACCACCACUGGCAUUGGUGCAAUCCCCACUCCGCAGGCCAGUCUCAACUCCCACAAGUCGGGAAGCCCAACUGUCACUCCUGGUAGUGGUAGUGGUAGCGGCAGUGCCAGCAGCAGUAGCACCACUGGAACUUCCACUGGAACUUCCACCGGAUCCAUUGGCAUCAUUCCUGUUCCUCACUCUCCUAGUGCUGGAUCUGGAACUGCCUCUGGCAAGCCCGCCGGCUCUGGCGCUAUCCCCACUCCUACCGGAAGCCAGACCGUCAAGGUCACCCCUACUUCCACUGCUUCCUCCACGUCUACCCGGGAGCCUGAGACCACGACUUCUUCUUACGUUGAACCAACCACCAGCGCUACUUCUACUGAGGCACCGGUGGCUACCUCCAGUGACACCAGCGACUGGAUGCCCUCUAGCAUUCUGGUCCAGCAGUCCACCACUGAAACAGCCAUCCCUACUAGCACUGCCACUCAAACUGCGGCUGUCUCCCUGCCUGAUUCGAUUACCCCCUCGAGCAGCGUUAGCCAGGCUCCUGCGGACUCUAUCUUGCUCCAACUUGGUUUCGAUGGCAGCCUGCCCUGGUCGUUCGUUGCUACCACUCCUCUGUCUUCGUCCCAGAUCUUCGAGUACAUUCCUCAGGCUCUGAAGCAUGCUCUGCCCUACUGGGGUGCCAAGGCUGAGAUGUUUGCCCUCGAGCCUUACUACAACUGGCAGAAGACCGGCUACAACGCUACUUUGGCUAUCUUUUACUUCCCCCGUGAAGGUUACUCGAAGUUAUUGGCCCAGAAGAACAACCCGAACUCCCUUCUUUACACCGAGGAGCAGAGCGCAACUACCAAGGCCCUCAUGAGCAUGAUCGACUCGACAAUUCCUCUGGAGUUCACAGGCAAUUGGCCCACUGAUGAGAAUGACUCUUCUUCCGGCUCUGACGGCAGUGACAGCGGCAGUGGCAGCAGCGGCAGCGGUAACAACAGCGAUGGUGGUGACGACUCCUCUGAUGGUACCUCUAGCAGCAGCACGGGUAGCGCCAGCUCCGCCGGUAUUGCCGUUGGUGCUGUGGCUGGUGCAGCCGCCUACGGUGCCGCUAUGUUCUGGGUCGCUCGCCGCUACCGCAAGAAGAAGCAGCUGCACCAGCGCUCUCCUUCAAAUGUCGAUCAGAGAAGUCUGGGUUCCUCUGCCCUCGGUGCUGGUAACCGUGUGUCUGGCAGCCAACGCUCCCAGAUGAUCAGUGCCCCUGUUAUGGCGGAAAACUCUCUUGGCUGGAACUAG